AUGUUGACAGCUUCGUCCAUCUUGUCUAUUUGCCAGAUCUUUCGCUUGCGUCCGUCUUCUCUGUCCACUCGCCAGGGUCCCCGACUUUUAGCUUCUGAUCUUCAGCUUUUCCGCUUCUCUGUUUGCUUGUCUGUCAGUCGGCUUGAGAACUCGAAGCAGGGAGUGCUGACUUGCCAUGGUAUCGAAGACUUAACCGAGUGGUGCUUCACUGCCCCAAGGACUGUCCCGCUCGGACCCGAUACCGUUUUCACAGGCUGGCUACUCACACUUGGAAUGAAGCCAUGA